CCUCCCUCCUCCUGGAGCCCCGCCCCCGCCCUGGAGCGGCGCACCUGGACGCGGCAGCAGGUAAAGGUGAGGAAGACUCGGUGUCGACGGUUGCAAAGAAGACGCAGACUGAGCGGAAGAGGAAGAGGCGGCGGUGGAACUGACAAGACAACAGAGAGUCUCUUGUCUGGUUUACAUAUAAAACCCGGCAGCAUGGGUGAAGCCCCAGUGAGAGAAGAUGGUUCAGUGACUCGAUCAGCAGAGUAUGUGGGCUCGUUUCCUGUGGACGACCGCUGUUUGGACGACCAGAUGGAGCAACUGCACUCUCAGCUGAAGUUCGUGAAAACAUGCAGGAGAACACGACCGGUGUCCCUCAAAUUCUCCACCAAAGGUGUGAAAAUGUACAACGAGGAUGAAACGACCCUCCUCAUGGCUCACGCCCUGCGCAGGGUCUCUCUGUCCACCGCCCGUCCUACCGAUGCCCAGUUUGCCUUCGUCUCCCACAACCCAGGAAGUGCCGACGUCCAACUCUACUGCCAUGUCUUUCAAGCAAGGCACGCCAGAGCGGCCCAGUUCCUGAACCUGCUGCUGUGCCGCUGUUUCCAGCUGUCGUACUUGGAGAAGCAUCCGGACGAGGCCCAGGACGACUCCGUCGGUUCGCUGCCUCGUCGGAACCCGUCACUGCUCAACCACGGCUUCCCGCUCAGCGUCAGCGCCCUGGUGUCUUUCAGGAGAGCCCCUUUCCAGGGGCUGUUGCCAGGCAUCAAGAAAACUCAGAAGUCUUCCGAAAACCCCCAAAGCUGCCAUGAUGAAGUCUUUCCCACCUCCUCCCCCUCCCUGGUUCGCAAGAAAGCCAUCCGCACCAAAGCUCUGUGCUCUGGGGCGUACCGCUCCUUCACUUUCACACCUCUCAAACAGCGUGUUGUCCAGGAGCGCCUGAACGCAUCACAAGCAGAAAAAGCAGAAGGCGAAACAGCAGCGAGGAGAUCCCGCGCUCCGAGCCUCGCCGAGACAGAAGAAGCUCUGGCUCGAGCGGUGUGGUGUUGGGCUGGUAUCGCAACUGACAACAGCUACUCGUUGCUGGCAGAUGAUGUUCUGGGUUCCUACCUCCUGUGUCCUCAUCCUAAAAAACCCUCAUGUGGUUCUCUCAUCAUUCGCGUCCCCUCCGGCCUGAACACCCAACUCAUAAAAAACACUCAGACGGGGAAAUUCCUGCUCGAGAAAUGCAAGACUGAGUUCAUUUCCAUAGCUGAGCUGAUCGAACACUACACAGAGACUCAGGACGAGCUGCCGAGUCUCCUGAGCUGUGCCAGAGUGAACCACUGUUACGAGUGGGAGGAGACCACCAGCCACCAGCCGGUGAAGUUACACAAGGGCUUCAACAAAGACAAAAUUAAAAGUACCUCCAGAAAAUGGUUUUAAACCCUGAAACGUGGACUGCCAACGUCUGAGGAUCCCGAACACAGAAACCUUUUCUUUCUUUUGCACGUACCUUUUUGUCAUUGUUGUGGAGACGCUUCACAAACUAUAAUCCACCUAUUAACAGUGUUGGCACUUAAUGUAUGUACACAAGUCAUUUCGUUGAAUGGUACUUCAUUGUCAAUGAUGUAAUAUUGUGUGCUUGCUGCUUUUGUCUUUCUGUGUGUGUAUAUAUAUGUGUGUGUGUAUAUAUAUAUAUAUAUAUGUGUGUGUAUGUGUAUAUAUAUAUAUAUAUAUAUAUAUAAUUUUUUAAAAGUAUUUUUACAUGUGCCUGUGGGGCGUCAGGAGUUUAUUAGUGUUUUUAUUGCAUGACUACUGAUGAUAACUUUAAAUGAGUGGAAUUGAUACCCUCACAUUAGUGCCCCCAAAGCUGUUUUUUUCUUACUUUUCUUGCAUUGUAAAUACAUUAUGCAAAUAUAUUUUAUCGAAUUUGAUUCUUAUUUCCUUUUUGUAGAUGAGAAAUCAUCCACUGAGCUUUUUCUCCUUAAAUGUCCAAAAAUCUUUUGGAAAAAAAGUUUUCACGCACAUUGACGUCAGAUUGACAAACUCAUUUUUCUUUUAUGGAAAAAACAACAACAGUCAAAACAUGAGUUUUGACUGUUGUUCAGCAAUGAUCGGUUGUGUCCAGAUCAUCACUUCAUCACUUACCGUGUCCACGUGCAUCAGGCGAUGUGGAAGAGUUCAACAUGUACAUUUCAUGUUUGUCUCAUUGGUCUGACUCACUGUUGUGUUUCACGACCAUGGAUCAAUGUUGAGAUAAUUAACCCGACAACUUGCAGUGGAGUUACGGUUUUAGGGUUAAAGACACGGGGGGGAAGUUUCAAAUAGAGAAGUGGACCGAUCAUGAAAAACUGAAAUAAAGAGAAACAAGGAACGGAAUCAG